AUGGAUGAUACAUACAAUGAUCCAGCUAAUUAUGCUCCUUUCGGAACAACAGCUGAUCAAGUCUAUGAUCAAAAGUGGUAUAUGCCUCCAAGUGGCGUACAACGAGGGUCAGCUUUCACUUCGAAUGGUGAUUCUUUGACUCGUAUAUAUCCAUCGAGAGAUUAUAUGUAUAGAGUGGCAGAAGAUAGUGCCAGUUUUCUACCGAAAAUUCCCGUUCAACCAAUCGGUUAUAGUGAAGCUGAAAUUCUUCUUCAGUAUUUGCAAGAAGAUGAAGUAGAUGCUCAAUGGCGUGGAGGUUUACGAAAUGUAACGUAUCGUUAUGGUGGAGAACUUCGUGAUGCAUCGUAA